UUUCCUACAACAUUUUCGUCACCGAAUUGAUGCAUCAUACCGAGAAUCGAAAUAUGAGUAAGAUAUCUCGGUGAAUACACAAAAAUUAGAUUAAAUCGCGAAUAUGUGUUACGUGAAGCUUAAAAUUUAAUCAACGCAAGUCAACGUACAGCCGGCGAUCAAUACCCAAAGUCUAGAAGGACUCAAAACCGAACACGAAUCCGGAGAACAUCGUAACAAAAGUAGUUUUCCUGUUCAACUUUAAUUAUCCUAAGUACUCGAAUUUAAGUAAAAAAUGGUAGAAAAGUAUAGCUUCGGGAUCGAACCUCUCCCUCAUCAUGCCUGGAACGCAACCAAACAACAAGUUGCAGUGGCGCCGAAUAAUCAAGAAAUACGUAUUUAUCAACACGACAAGAGUAGUAACGAUUGGGCUCAACUUGAUACCUUGAACAGGCACGAUUUAAAAGUCACAGGCGUCGAUUGGGCACCGAAAACUAACCGUAUCGUUACUUGUUCAGAAGAUCGAGAUGCUUACGUUUGGGAGAAGGGAACUGAUGGAAAGUGGACCCCAACUCAAGUAUUGCUUCGUAUCAAUCGAGCUGCCACUUGUGUCAAAUGGUCUCCGCAAGAAAACAAAUUCGCUGCCGGAUCCGGAGCUCGUAUUAUAUCAAUAUGCUACUUCGAGAAAGCUAACAACUGGUGGGUUUCUAAACAUAUUAAAAAACCUAUCAAGUCGACCGUAAAUACCAUCGAUUGGCAUCCGAAUAACGUUCUGUUGGCCGCUGGAAGCGCUGAUUUUAAGGUCAAAGUAUUUUCGGCCUUUAUUAAAGAUAUCAAGGAGACUUGUCCGGAGACUGCAUGGGGCAGUAAUACCAAUUCUUUGGGCAAUCUUUUAGUCGAAUUCAACAAUUCAUCGUGUUUCGGUGGAUGGAUCCAUUGUUUGUCGUUCAGCAGCGAUGGAAAUAGAUUAUGUUGGGUUGCUCACGAUUCUUCUAUUUCUGUAGCCGAUGUUACCCAAGGCUCUCCUGUUGUGUUUAAAUUGAGAACGGAUACGUUACCGUUUUUAUCGUGUGUUUGGGUUAAUUCCACGUAUAUUGUUGCUGCGGGUCACAGCUGUUGUCCAUUGUUGUAUGCGGUCGAUGCAAAUAAUCAAAUUAAAUUCGUAUGUAAAUUAGAUCGAUCGCAGAAGAAAGAAGGGUCUGGUUUGAGUGCCAUGAGAAAAUUUCAAAGCUUGGAUAGACAGGCCAAAGCUGAAAAUGACACCUCACUCGAUACCGUUCAUCAGAACAGUAUUAAAUCAAUGCAAAUAUAUUCUAGUUCCGACGGAACCGUAACUAAAUUGAGUACUACUGGAUUAGAUGGUCAACUCGUUAUUUGGGACUUGAACUUUCAGGGGUUGGAAAGCGGUAUUCAAGGAUUAAAAAUAUAAACUGCAUUUAUUACAGGGCAAUUAUAACCCAGUCUGAUUAUUCCACCUUUUAUUUAUUAAUAUUUGUUUCAAGAGAACAUUUAUGUAAUCAUUUUAUUGUCUAAUGUUUUGUAUAGUUCUUCCAACCAAUUUGUAAUUAUUAUUUUAUUAAUUUUCAUUAUAUUUUAUAUUCAUUGUUGAA